GUCCAUUGGUCGCACGAGGAGUAAAACUGAGUGGAGAAGCCAUGGCCACUACUCGAGAUGUUCUGUACCUCCUCACCCUACUGCUGCUCACCAUCGUUUGUUCCAUCACAGCUCAGGAUGAUCAACCGAGUGAUGAAGAAAUCAAACGCAAGUGCGGGUUUUCUCUCAAAGAAAUCCACGAUUGCAAGUACGCGAAGUGCCUCAAUGCCAGUAUCAUCUGCACUGCCAAGAAAACCGAACAGACGGCUGACGACAUCUCAAACUGUCAGAUGGAACAGUGUAUGCUUACCCGAAAGGAGUGUGAAUCACCACUCAACAAGUACCUCAGUAAAGAAGAACAGUGCGAGGGCGACCACUUCACCGACACCGACUCGAAGUGCCUCAUCAACUCGCGUGGCUCCAUGGAGGCACUGACAACAUGCAAGCACAAUGGCUACCUGGUGGAUAAGCGGGUGUGCUUUGAGAGCGAAUGGAAGCGCCGGAUCGAAGCUCACGCCUUAAAUGAGCUGAACGAACACGCAAUCACCAAGGAGGCCGAGCAGUGUGCCUACAACACGUGCUUCCAGAGAGUGGAGGACUGCCUGAGCUCCCACCACUCGGAGAUUGCAAAGAACCCCGGUUCCAAGAGAAAGUUCAGAAUCAAGCAAUGCGCCUACAUAGCGGUCGACUACCCGCACGAGUGUGAGCAGAUUAAAUCCAUCUCUGGCUGUGUGGACUCGCUGCAGAAAUGCAUCAAAGAUCACCCAGCACCAACACCUGUCCCCAUUGGCAUCAUUGUUGGAGCUGUAGUCGGGGUGCUUGUGGUGGCCGGAGUAGGGGUGGCGUUGUUAUACAUGCGGCAUAAGAAGACCGGUCCCUUCCGGCGUCCGGGAAAUCCAAUCGCAUAGAGAAAUUACCGACACAGCAACAACCAGCUCUCCCCACUCUCCUUUCACUUUCUCCACCCACUCUCCCCUCACUCUCGCCCCCCUCACUCUCUCCCCCCAACCUCUCCCCUCACUCU